CCUGCCUGUCAAAACAAAGCAACAUCUUUCGCUGACGAAAGCAAAUCUCAGUUUGUUGUUGUGUUUCGCACCUUGCCCCAUUACGGAUCCCGUGGUAAAUGGCAAUUUAAUUGAGUUAUAAUGUAUUCCGAGUGGGCCUCACUCUAUCCGGUAAUUGCGGAAAACAUCAACAACGCCCAGACGCAGAGCGUGCUCGGCAAGUUCAGCACUGUCGGGGGCCGCGAUGUAGCAGCUGUUGUGAUCAAGCAGCUGGCCAGCACCUUGGGCAUCACCAACAAUGCAGAACCGAGCAAUCUUCACACCGACCAGGAGGUGCAAUGGUGCAUGGAUGUAAUUUGUCAUGGGUUGUCGCUGCCGCUGUCGGAGCACGACAUCAUUAAGGACGGUGUGAACAUCUACUGCGAGUGGAUCAGUGCCGUGCUGCCCCAGACCAAGCUCAGUGUGCCCCGGCCAAUAAUCGACGAUCCGAACACUUACGUUCGGAAAAUAAUCAAACAUUUGUACAAUCUCUUUGUGCCCCGCCCUGGAGAAGUCUGGCCUUUCAUUUACGAAGAGGAACUAGGUACGGAUACGAUCAAUCGGCAGGCGGUGCUUUGCCAUCGUGUACUACGCACGCUACAAGACACGGCACAAAACUCGCAAAUUCUGACGGUAGAAACGUGGGAAGCAUUGCUGCUGUUCCUGCUGGCCAUCAAUGAGAUUCUGCUGGCACCUCCGAUCGUGAAGGACGACGUAGGCGAUCAGCUUUGCGAACGUGUGCUGAGCGUGCUGUUCGAGGUGUGGCUGCUGGCAUGCAGCAGAUGCUUCCCAUCGCCAUCGUUGUGGAAAACGUUUCAGGAAUCAUGCGCCGCCUGGCGUCAUCGCAUCGCGCUGGUGGAGCAGUGGAAUCGAGUAAAUCUGGUGCUAACGGCGAAACUGCUCGAGUUUACGUACGGGCCAGCUUUUCCGGAAAUGAAAAUCGCCGAUGAAGAUGCACAUCUUGUACCGGACGGUAUGACCAACGAUGGAAUUGCCCAAGCUUGGAUACGCUUCCUGAAGAUCCUCGGUGCGCCAACGGAUCUGUGCUGUCCCCAGGUGAUCAGCCGCACACCACAAUUCAUCCAGGCGGUGCUGCUGAACGCGGACGGUAUCGAACCGCAGCAUCAUCCCUGUUUGCUGAAUCUGCCGCAAAUUUUCCUCAAAACCAUGAAGGGAAUUGCCGGACUGGUUGACGCUUUCCUUGGCAUAGCGCAGUAUAGAAUGGACGAGAGCAAUCUCCUCGAGAGCAUCAGUCAGCUUACAUUCACAAACAAUGCAAACGGUGGUGGUGGUGUUGGUGGUGGAAUGCAUUCGAGUAGUGGAUCCGUCAUUAGCUUUAGACACUCCGGAGGCGAGAUCAAAUCGAGCGUACUGCGUGCCAGUGGAGGGCUCGGGGGACUUGGUCUCGGAGCCGCACUGGGCGUAGUGGGCAGCAACGCCACCGCUGGCACAGGUCCGACGGGAUCGGCACCGGGUGUAGUCUCUAGCGGCGGAGGUAGCGGUUGCAUAAACAAUGUUAGUAUUAUAGGUUGUAGUAGUAGUAGUUCGAGUGCUGGAAGCGCCGGAGCUGCGAGUGGUGGCAAUGUGGGAUUUGGUUUUUCGUACGAUACAUCAACCGCAGCCGAAAGUUUGGGAUUUUGCAAUAGCAAGGCGGCAUUGCUGAUCGCCGACACGAACAGCGGGGCCAAUUCUCCAACUCCUCCGCUGCAGCGCCGCCUGGCGAAGAGCUUCAGUGUCGCCCCAUCGCUACCAUCAGCACAUGCGGUCAUAUCGAUGGCGCAGGCGAAGGGAUUUACGAAAGGAUCGUUUAGCGGACUUACUAGCAGCCGCAGCACCUCAUCUAGCCAUCCGAACAAUGUACCACAAUCGGCAUCUCUACCUUCGACGGGAUUUUCGUCGAUGCUGUCGUUAUGCCAGGAAAACCGAUAUCCUUUAGCGGCAAACCGUCCAAGGUGUAACAGCAUCUUGCAUCUCUUCGGCGAAUGGCUGUUCGAUGCAGCGCACAUCGGCGGUGACACGUGGAUGCAAAACACCAAAAAGCGAGCGGCUGAAGCGAAACGGCGCCCUUCUUCCAUGAUUAUGGACAAUCGCAAGGGCAGUUUAUCGCAGCCACCUUCCCUGUCCGAGGUGAAUGACGUUUCCCCCGGGCUUACGAUCGACAAGUAUGAGUCGGGCAAGGCGGAAGCGCUGGGCGCACUGUGCCGCAUAUUCUGUGCGAAGAAAACGGGCGAAGAAAUUCUGCCCGUAUACCUGGCCCGCUUCUAUAUGGCACUGCACCAGGGGCUCAAGACGAACGAUAGCCGGGAGUGUAUGGAAACGCUCGCCAGCAUAUUGUACAACUCGUCCGACCUGUUUCGCAUCGAUCUGGAAGGCAUACAGGUGCUGUUGCCUUCGUUCAUUAGCGCGCUGGAGCUGAUUUUGCCCGAGAAGGAUCUGCGCAUGCGGUCGCAAAACGUGCUCAUCAACAAAACCGAGCUGCGCCGGGCGGCAAUCAACAUACUGCUCUCCAUGCUGGCCCUUCCGCUACACUUCCAGACGCUCCCAAUACGCGACAUUAUGGGUGGACCGAACGAUCGAAGCAUUACGUUCCUUCAUCUUAAACCACGCCUUAUCAACAUACUCAUGAAUGCGUUGCAAGUGGAAACGGACCCUCAAAAUACGCACAUGCUGCUCGGUGGAUUGCACCUGUGCGUCCAGGACUCGGUAACGUUUGAGGAGACGGAGAAUGGUUCCGCUGAAGCGCUACAUUCACUGCAUCCGACUGCCGAAACCUCCAAUCUGCUCAGCUCGGCCUGCUCCGAGAAGAGUGCCUACUCCAUGAACAGCGCCAAUUCCAGCAUCGGUGGACACAGUACCGCAACACUUAGCAAUGAACCUUCUAGUUUGCCGGCUUUUGAUGAUUUCUCAUCCGACAUUAUUCAUGAGUUAGAAUUGAGUUCAUCUGCAAUUUAUGAUAGCGCCCAUGCGUUGUUUGUGCGAGCGACCUACUUAGUGUGUCAUCGACUGAUUUCGUCGUGGAAAACGGACCUAAACGUAUCGCUGGCAGCGCUGGAGCUGCUUACGGGAUUGGCAGGCAUGCGUGUAAAAGACUCUGAUGUUCUGGAAUGCAAACGAGCUGUUAAGUGGAUCUGCGAUUACAUCUGCUACCAAUGCUCGAGACCUCCGCCGGCGCACAUUAAGGACCUUCACAGCACGAUCGUGGCAGCGUUCCAGUGCACCUCCGCCUGGUUGAUGAACCAUCCGUACCUGCUGCAGGACAAGGAGUGUCUUACGAUCGUGCUGGAAGUCGUGGAGCUUGGCAUAUCGGGCUCGAAGAGUGUCGGGAAACCGGGCGAACCGGUCAAGUACAAGGACGAAAAGGAGCUCAAGCCGGCCAGUAUGCGUGUGCGCGAUGCGGCCGAAAACAUGCUGACGAUGAUACUGGAGCAAAUUGAUUACUUCCCGAACGAGUGUGGCAAGCAGUCGCUGUCGUCGUUGUUGGACGAGGUAGUGCUGGCCAAACAUUCAAACACAUCAGGGGAGUAUGUGGGAGAGUUGCCCCAAGAGCAGGCGAUCAAAAAGUUUAAAUAUUUUGUGACGGAAAAUUCGACCGUGCUCGCAUUGUUCGAGGAACCGCUCGGUAACGAUCAGGAUCCUCAACCAACGGUUACAAUUCUCAUACGCGGUCCAUUCGGACGUCACGCCUGGACGAUGCAAUUGCGUCAUCUGUCUAGAAGCAAAUCGGGCACAAAGUAUCACGCGCCCAACCCGGGCAGACCGGUGCCCAUGAACGACAUUAUGAUGCGCCAGGAAAUGGAGUACAAAUACUUUCCCGACUCUGUUGACCGUAUACCACCGUGUGUGGUAGAUUAUUCCAUUCCGACACUGGAUUCAGCGGAGCAAAAGAUUGGCAACCAGUCCACCAAACAACUGGCCCGGCUAGUAGAGCAACAGGUGGGGUACGAAAAGUUAUCCUGGGCCGAAACCGAGUGUUCCGUCGAUGGGCUGGGACAUGCACAGGAAGCAUCACCACCGAGCGUCUGCCACGAGUUUCAAGCUGCGAGACUGUUUCUGUCCCAUUUUGGAUUCCUUACCAUCGGCCAGAACAAUGCUAGUGGCCAAAAAUUGGACGGCAGCGCACCGUUGCUAACGACGCUGGACACAUCCAAGCCAGAGUUUUGUCAGGAUUUGAGAAUGUUGGAUAAAAUGUCUCCCCGGUCCUGUGACACAAUACACGUGUUCUACGUGAAGGCCGGUCAAAGCACGGAGGCGGAAAUCAUCGGCAACAUGGAUCCGGAGAAUCUCUCCUCGAUCGAGCCGCAUUUUUGGAGGAUGCUGUACACGAUCGGCUGGCCAGUGGCCGUGCAAGAGCACGCGGGCUGGACCGGUUUCAUCGGCAGCAGCUGGAAGAUUCCGCGAGACAAUAAACCCUGUCCGCAGCAAAGCGAGCAAAAGACCGGCUCACCCGAAGAGUGGAAUCUGAAUGGUGAAAAGACGGUGCUCUACUGGGCCGACGUUUCCUCCGAGAUGGCAAUCGUGGUGCCGAAUCGUAACAACAAGGUGGACCUAACGACCGGCGAAGAUACAGGCGCAGGCGACGGAAGCGGUUGUGCCUCGACGACGUACGAGCGUAGCGUAAGCGAAAUACAGCCCCGCUCGUCCUCCGUUUCGACCAACCAGCCACGCCAGUACUCGCUGGACAGUGAAUCGGCCCGCUAUGGUUCGAUGAGCAAAUCGGCCGAUCCGAUACCGCCGGUGCGCCGCAGAACGGGGGCAACCAAACCGAGCACGCUGUACACGGCACCUUCGGCCAAGAUUUUGCUCGUUUGGCUGGAAAGCUACGAGGAUCAUCUAACGUUCCCGAUCGAUGGUCUGCUGCCCUACACCCGGGCCGGUUAUUCCACCCAGCACGGGACUGUUGCGUCGAUUCCAUCGAGUGAAUGUUUCAUCAUCUACCUGCACGCACUUUCUUCGAGCCUGUUGCGUGUGAAGCUGCAAGGACCGGUGGGCCGGAUGAACUUUGCCAUCCCUCUAAUAGACGGAAUGGUAGUGAGCAAGCGCGUGAUUGGAUCACUGAUUCGCCAAACCGCGUGUAACAUGGCGAAACGAAAGCGUUUGGAUAACGACUCCUAUCAACCGCCACACGUUCGACGCCGCAUCAAGAUCCAGGAAAUGAUGCAAAGAUAUAAGAAAGAUCUGACCGAGCCGGAGAUGCUGGCUGACUUAUUUAAAUCGUCUAUAUAAAAAGAAGAGCACCGAUUGCACCCGCAAACAAAAAGUAUUAACACCUUUGCAUUGAAAUAAUCAAACUACAAAUCGCGUUCCGUUCCAGACUUAGUUAUACUAAUAUUGACACCACUGUUAUUUGAAUCUAAAAUGUUCAAAUAAACGUUAUUAUUUAACUUAUCGA